AUGCUGAGCUCGCAGUGCAGCAAUCCCGACUCGUCCAGUCUUUCGCUCGAAUCGUCGUUCCAAUUGGACCCGAGCUUUUCGAGCCAACGGAUGGAUUCAGAAAAACACCCCAAAGGAAAGCGGAAGAGGACCACUACACAAGACAAAUCAAUCCUCGAAGCGGCGUACCACUCGAAUCCCAAGCCCGACAAGGCGGCGCGUCUCGAUAUCGUGAAGCGCGUUUCUCUUAACGAGAAGGAAGUUCAGAUAUGGUUCCAAAACCGCCGCCAGAAUGACCGCCGAAAAUCGCGUCCUCUCUCCCUGCAGGAGAUCGCCGCACUUCGGUAUGGGGGUGGGAUGCACGUUCUAUCCUCCGACCCGGCGAAUUAUGGAAACGCCAAUGCGUCCGGCUCGAGCGAGGACGGGGAGACACGCCCCGAGGAUGCUUCGGCGGCUGGGAUGGAUCAGCGUGCUCUAACCCCCGAAGCUGCUGGCUCUCAGCACUCGACCCAAUUGUCCCCCGAAGCUUCUCAACCAGCUAGAGUCUUUGGGGAUGCGGCGGGGGCCGAGGCCGAGGCCGAGGUAUCAAAACAGGAGAAACAGGAGCGGAGGGACUCGGCAAUAAGCUGCACGCCGCCUUCAUCACAACGCGGCGAUGGAGACGGAGGGUCGCAGCUGCUGUCCCACUCUCUGUCCAGCUCGAUAGGGUAUCUGUCGAACCGGUGGAACGUUGGCACCUCCUUCUCUACUCCCGCGACACUCUCCCGACCUGGGGACGAGUCACUGAGACUCGAAUCCUUCCCUUCGUCGGCCAAUUCAACGGCCAACAACUCACCGGCAUCCAUCCUGCUGCCGCCCUCGACCUCUUCAUCCGUCCGCAUCACCUUCUCCCUCGAGGGCAAGGCGGAGCUUCUAUCCUCGCGGUCGUCGCCCCCACGACCUGUACCGACCCAGCUUCCCGUCGAGAUUGCAACGUUACCACCCGUCCGCAAUCACCGAACGCUGCAGCGGAGUAGGAGUGCUUUGCCCGGCAUCACGCUACCACCCAUCUCGACCCUCACCGCGAGUCUUCCUCCUCAACUGACGCGCGGUCGAUCGCGUAAUGUUCAUGCAUGGGAGUCGGUCUGCGAGCCCGACACGAUGGAUGAGCUCACUGCCCAGGCCGAGAACGAGUCCUCGGGCUCGGCAAUCGCGGCCAUCUCGCUGUUGCGUUCGAGCAGCCAGACGAGCACCCUCAGCGGCAUGAUUCACAACCACUCCCCUCCCAGCAACCACGUCUUGCAAUCCAAUCCUGGCAAAAGAAACGCCCCGCCUACGCGACGCGACUCGGGCAAGAAACCCAGGCUCAGCCGAUCCAGCAGCAGCAGCAUCGCGCGCAUACAGGCCCGACCCUCUCCCGAACACGGUGCUCUUCAGGACCCACUGCCCGUCGCUGCCGAUGUUGAAGUCGUCGACAACAAGGAGGACGUCGGCCCUGCUGCAAAGAAGUCGAACAACGUCGGCUUGGCUCUGGUCCUGAGCCCUUCGGGCGGUGACUCGGACAAGGAGAACUGGAGCCCGGACGAAGAGGGAAACCCGACGACCAACAACCACCACCACAACAACAACAACCGGCGGCGGCGGCCCUUGCCCCCAGGUGCCUCCGCCAAGACGAAGACACAGACCUCGCAGAAGCCGGUCGGCAACCCGCGGCGGGUUGGACGCGCUCUGGGAGAGAAAGCAGUGGUCAAGCGGACGGUGCUGGGGUCGCGGUCGAACACGGCACCCAUGCCGCGGAUGCGUGGAGGCAGGGCCGUGGAUAGCUCGGUGUCGAUCUUCGAGGAUGGCAACUCUGGGAAGGGCGAUGCCCCCGGUAGGAAGGGCAGGAAAGGCGUCAACGAAGUGGAACGCUUCAUGCACGGCGAGGUCAGCCCCAGCAAGAAACCGGAUAUGGACUGCGUGGCGGGAUUGCUGUCGCUGAGCCAGGGGAACUGGCGUUGA